CCUCCGCCUCCUCCUCCGGGCGGGCUGCUGCGGAGUCAGCUGACGCCGGCGCCCAGCCUCGCCGCCCCGCGCCGCGCCGCGCACCCCUAAAGCGGCUGCCGGCAGCCGGACGCCCGCUUCAGGGUGGGGACCGCGGAGGCGAUGCGAGCGCCCUGACAGCUCGCCAGCCGCCGCCGCGCAGCUCCGCCCCGCAACUUUCUGCCCCCGCGCGGUCGCCGACCCCCUGCGCCCUCCCCAGAGCCGAGGCGGGGCGCGCCGGCAGGGGUCGCCGGGGCCAUCGGGAUGGCUUCCAAUUUCAACGACAUAGUGAAGCAGGGCUACGUGCGGAUCCGCAGCCGGCGCCUCGGGAUUUAUCAACGAUGCUGGUUAGUAUUCAAGAAAGCUUCAAGCAAGGGUCCAAAAAGAUUGGAGAAAUUUUCUGAUGAACGUGCUGCAUAUUUUAGGUGUUACCAUAAGGUUACAGAACUCAACAAUGUGAAGAGUGUAGCUCGACUUCCAAAAAGCACCAAGAAACACGCCAUAGGGAUUUAUUUCAGCGAUGAUACCUCCAAGACCUUUGCUUGCGAAUCAGAUCUUGAGGCAGAUGAGUGGUGUAAAGUCCUCCAGAUGGAGUGUGUGGGAACACGGAUCAAUGACAUCAGCCUCGGAGAGCCUGACUUACUGGCUACUGGGGUUGAGAGAGAGCAGAGUGAGAGGUUCCAUGUGUAUUUGAUGCCGUCCCCUAACUUAGACGUACACGGCGAAUGUGCCUUGCAGAUUACCUACGAGUACAUCUGUCUUUGGGACAUCCAGAAUCCCAGAGUCAAACUCAUCUCUUGGCCGCUGAGCGCUCUGCGGCGGUACGGAAGGGACACCACGUGGUUCACUUUCGAAGCAGGGAGGAUGUGUGAGACCGGCGAGGGGCUGUUUAUCUUUCAAACGCGAGAUGGAGAGGCCAUCUAUCAGAAAGUCCACUCUGCUGCCCUGGCCAUUGCGGAACAGCACGAGCGCUUGCUACAAAGUGUGAAAAAUUCAAUGCUCCAGAUGAAGAUGAGCGAGCGGGCGGCCUCGCUGAGCACCAUGGUGCCCCUGCCCCGCAGCGCCUACUGGCAGCACAUCACUCGGCAGCACAGCACGGGGCAGCUCUACCGUCUGCAAGAUGUCACCAGCCCGCUGAAGCUUCAUCGAACAGAGACUUUUCCUGCCUACCGGUCUGAGUACUGAUGGUACCUGCCAAGGAUUCUUAGUGCUCUUGUGAUGUGUCAGCCACAGAUCCACGUGGGAAGCCACAGAAUGGCAGCAGGAAAAGCCACAAUGAAGAGAAGAAGCUCAUAAAAUCCUGGCUCAUUGUGUGGUUGUUGGGAAACUGCAAUAUGAUAUACAUUUUUCCUUUUCCUUUUUUUUUUUUAAAUGAAAGUCUUAGCUUAAUUGAGGCAUACUCUAUAGAUACCAACGUUCUUUUUUUCCCCUCAACAGCUGGACAGAAAGGAGUCAGUACCACAAAAUGAUUUUCUAUUGUAGAUACUAUGUCUCUUGCGCUUCUCUGAAUCUGUCCUUUCGUGGGUUUGUGUGAUUUUUCUUUCCGAGUGUUUCAAUUGUAUGACAGUCAGUAGUGACAAUAAAAUGACUCUUCAUUAUUUGUUA